GUGAAACUCUUUACAUGUACUGCAAACCGGCCCCAGCAAACGGAUAUUACGAAACUUAUACUAUAGGCCUGUGCCUCGGCUACUGGGGGCCUGAUGUUUGUCUAUCAAGAUGCAGUUAUUUCGCAUUCUGAAUAGUUCUUUCCGGACUCUCAGACAAUCUGGCAAUCUGUCUGUGUAUCAAUGGAGAAGAGUAUACCCUUGUGUACAGUAUUGCUCCUCUUCUGUAGCUUCUACCAACAUCUGUGUAGAGAACACCUUAAGUAGCCAGGCUGUCAUCAUUAAGACACGAAAACAAUUGGGAUUCAACUUCUACAGUAUAGACGAUUCUGAUCCUAACAUCAACGAGAAGAGACACGUACGUGCAUCAUUCAUAUGUAAACAGUUUAAAAAAUUGCAAUCAUCAUGUAGUGAUGACAGAAAGUCUGCUAAUGGUAUUAACAUAGAGCAAGUUUGGGAUCUGUUCAAAUCAAUAAAUUCAGACCCAUCUCAACUGCCGUUAGGAUGUGUUGCCGAAUGCGUUUCAGCAUAUGUCGAACUUUCUCUGGCGAUUUGUGCUAAUGAAACCGAGAAGACAGACUGUCUCAGCCAGAAGGAGUACUGCAUGUUUGAGACACAUUUGAAAAAUAAUCUUGAGUACUUGCCAUUGUACCACCGAGUUCAGAUUUAUAAUACAUUCUUUCCAUGCCGAUUGAGGCAUCCACAAACUGUUUUGUUCUUUGCUUGUGAGAAGUUACUUAAAGAACAGGUACCCAUGGUAACGGAACCAAAGGAAAUUGUUGCGUUGUGUCAAGUAGUUAAUGACAGUGAACAACCAGAGUUGUGGAAUAGCAUUGAAAAAUGUAUUGGUGAGUUUGUAGAUAGUUUGUCCUUAACCCAGGUAUUGUCAUGUCUGCAAACGGUCAUAAAUAGGGCGUCUCUUGAUCUCAACGGGGUGACCAACAGAAAGCUUCAGUUGCAGCUUUGUAACAAAGUCCUUGAACAUGAGAUGCCACCGCUUCAGCUAUACCACCUAACAGUCAUUGCAUCAGUCAUGAAGAAAUUUUCCAUGGCAGACGAGGUGCUGCUUCCAAAGCUCUGUGACAGAAUCAUGGAGAUAUUACUGGACAAAGGUAAACAAGUAUCAGAAAGACAGACAGAGAAAAUCAGUGAUCUGUUGAAUAACGUCAGCAGAUUUCAGUAUGGCCGUAGGGAUAUAUUUGAUAUGCUUGUUGAUAGAUUGUUAAAGUUGGAUUGUAAUAACAGAUCUUUGAGUGUUGGCAUUAGCUCCAAAGUCUUGAUAAAUGCUGCAAAUCUGAACAUUUCCCUGUCAAAGGGUGAACAAUUCAUUCAGGAGUUUUUAAGUACAGAGAACAACAUGAAGGACCAACAUACAUGGAUUCAGUUAUUAUGGGCCUUCUGUGUGAUGGGCCAGGAAAACAUGGAGGUCGUUGCUGAAGGAAUAGAGACCUUGUUUAAAUCUACGUUACAAUCAUCUAUUGAAGAUGACAACAAAACAAAAGCAUUAAUGUCCAUGAGGAAACUGCGUGAUAUUGCCGUGACUAAGAAUAUUCCAUUGGACUCGCUCCCUUUCUUGUCUAAAUUACAGGAAAUGGAACAGCAGAGGAAAAGUGGUCCAUUUGAGAUUGUUGUGUGUGACGCUAUAGAAAAAAGUCUACCCGAAGGUUCUUACUGCAAAAAUGUUGUAACACCAGCAGGACACAAGAUAGAAAUAGAAGUCUAUGUGAAUGGCAGUGGUGAAGCUGUAGUGAGAAAUGACCAGAUGACAGAUCUACACAGGAUUGCAGUAAAAACGAGGGGAUACUUCACAUUCUCCAGACCAGACCGCCGUCCCUUAGGCUGGGUAAUGAUGGAGAACAGAAACCUGGUCAAGGAAGGCUACACAGUAUUAGAGAUUCCUUAUCAUGAAUGGGAUCAAUUGGGAAUCAAAGUUAACAAAAGCACCUACAUAUUAAAAAAAUUACAGGAAACUGUCUCCUCAACUCUGGUUUAAAAGAGCAUAUUCCGAGUCGGAGUUCACAUUCGUCCAGAUCAGUUUAAUUUCAAAUGUUGGUUGAAUUAUUGCUGGAAAAAGGAAAAGAAAGAAAUGAAUUCUUUUUAUCUGUUAUUUCAGUUAUUUAGUAACUUAUGCAAUGUUCAUAUUGUUCAGUGUGCCAGUUAAGGGCUCUUGUACUUAUACACUGGUCUUAACUGGAUUUCAGGGUUAAGCAUGGUUUAUAUUUGUAUAAAAGAAUCGGCAUGUAUAUGUCAGUAAUUUCAGAUAUUUCAUGUACAGAAUUGCACAUUUUAUAUAUUUAAAAUGAAGAAUAAAUAAACUCAGGUCCUUGUGGUGAAAAUGGAAAUAAACAUGUGUGAUUGGAAUUUCUUUAUACUGCAACAUGUUCUGUUAGGAUCACCUUGGAAUUAGCUGUAUAUGUCCUUGUUUUUUACUUGGCUUAAAAUGAAUUUAUUUCACCUAGGUUAAAAUUUUGAACUCAUAUAGAAAUGACUCAAACAUUUAAAAAGAAUAAUCUUGAAUUAAAUUUUAGGGAAAAGCACUCAUAAUAUUUAAUAUUUAUUCCAAUGAUAUUGUUCUGAAAACGUUUUUUUAAUAUGGUAAUUUAAGUUUCUGUGUGAGAUACUGAUAGGUUUCUGUGAGAGAGGUUUCUGUGUGAGAUAGGUUUCUGUGUGAGAUAGGUUUCUGUGUGAGAUAGGUUUCUGUGAGAGAGGUUUCUGUGAGGGAGAUUUCUGUGUGAGAUAGGAUUCUGUGAGAGAGGUUUCUGUGAGGUUGAUUUCUGUGUGAGGUAGGUUUCUGUAUGAGAAAGGUUUCUGUCUGAGAGAGGUUUCUGUGUGAGGUAGGUUUCUGUAUGAGAGAGGUUUCUGUGUGAGAUAGGUUUCUUUGUGAGAGAGGUUUCUGUGUGAGAAAGGUUUCUGUGUGAGAGAGGUUUCUGUGUGAGAGAGGUUUCUGUGUGAGAGGUAUUUUUGUGAGAGAGGUUUCGGUAUGAGAGAGGUUUCUGUGUGAGAUACGUUUCUGUGUGAGGUAGGUUUCUGUGUGAGGUAGGAUUCUGUGUGAGAGGUUUCUGUAAGAGAGGUUUCUGUAUGAGAGGUUUCUUUGUGAGAGAGGUUUCUGUGUGAGAGAGGUUUCUUUGUGAGAGAGGUUUCUGUAUGAGAGGUUUUUGUGUGAGAGAGGUUUCUGUGUGAGAAAGGUUUCUGUGUGAGGUAGGAUUCUGUGUGAGGUUUCUGUGAGAGAGGCUUCUGUGAGAGAGGUUUCUGUAUGAGAGGUUUCUUUGUGUGAGAGAGGUUUCUUUGUGAGAGAGGUUUCUGUGAGAGAGGUUUCUGUGUGAGAGAGGUUUCUUUGUGAGAGGUUUCUGUGUGAGAAAGGUUUCUGUGUGAGAGAGGUUUCUGUGUGAGAUAGGUUUCUGUGAGAGAGGUUUCUGUAUUAGAGAGGUUUCUGUAUGAGAGAGGUUUCUGUGAGAGAGGUUUCUGUGUGAGAGGUUUCUGUGAGAGAUAGGAUUCUGUGUGAAAGAGGUUUCUGUGUGAGAGGUUUCUGUGAGAGAGGUUUCUGUCUGAAAUACCGGUAGGUUUGUGUGAGAGAGGUUUCGUUUCUGUGUGAGAGAGGUUUCUGUGUGAGAGGGUUUCUGUGUGAGAGGUUUCUGUGAGAGAGGUUUCUGUCUGAGAUACCAGUAGGUUUCUGUGUGAGAGGUUUCGUUUCUGUGUGAGAGGUUUCUGUGUGAGAGAGGUUUCUGUGAGAGGUAGGUUUCUGUGAGAGAGGUUUCUUUGUGAGAGAGGUUUCUGUGAUAGAGGCAAAUACAGUAAACCAUUACCAGCUGGUAAAUUGUAUUGAAAAUAUAUUUAGAAAUAAUUUCUACAAAAGUCAUGGCAGGUUUUGAGAAUUUUCAUUUAUUUCUUCUGUAAAUGUAUGUAAUUUAUACUAGUACAUCCCAUCAUUGAAGUACUGUGCAUAAAAGCAGAAUGUAACUAAUACUUCUUGUAAUUAAUUAUACACAAACUGGGGCAAAAAUCACUAUUUUAUGUCAAUUUAACCUUUGGAUAUUGAUUAAGCCUCAUCUUUUUCGCAAAUUUACAGAUGAUGCCUAUUCUUCGCUUACAAAUAAAAUUACACUUGAACUAAAAAA